UAGGACAUUUGUUUUCGUAGUUACGUCAAAGAAUUUAAAUUGUGAGAAUUGUAUGGUUGAAUGAAAGGUGCUUGCGGAGAUAAAUAUAAAUAUAAUUUCUUAUAGCAGUUUUAUAAUCGUAUUACGUAGAUACUUUGGUGGAAAGAAAAAUUAGAAUCGUUGUAAUAUUAUUGUUAAAUGUUAUCUUGAUAUAAUAUUCAAUGUAGUUUGAACUGACCGCAUAUAUAUCUUCAUUAUUUUGUGUCAAUGAUCUAAAAUAACAGUGGGAACAUGGAUCUCAUUUCUGAUCUGAACAAAAGCCAGCAAUUUAUGAACAGUAGAAACUACGAUGAUGCUGAAACACUUCUUGUCAAUAUCAUCUCUUUAUUAGAAAGAAAAAAAGCAGACUUAGAAAGGGAUCAAAUUUUAGCAAAGGUAUAUAAUUUUCUGGGCCUCGUGUUAUACAAAAAGGUGGAAUUUGAUAGAGCAGUUUCUUUCUAUGAUAAGGCCAUUCAGAUGAACAAUUCUUUAGCAGCUGCUUAUUAUAACAGAGGAACUAUUCGCUAUAGAUUAGGUUUUUAUGAUGAUGCUGUAUCAGAUAUGGAAAAAGCAGUGAAAAUUGAACCAGAAAAUGUGGAGUUUAAAUUUGGUUUGAAUGAAAGCCUGUUGACAUUGAAACACUGUGCUUUAAAUGCAGACGAAUUAUAACAGAAAUUUUAUUAUAUAUUUUUGUCUUUAAUAAUAUGCAGAAAUAUAUUUUUGUCUUUAAUAUUUUGUAAAGUCUUUAUGUUGCUAAAAUUUUAAUAAAAACAGGCAUAGAACUUUUUAUACAAUGAUAUUUUACUGUAAAUAUAAAAAAUAAAUAGUUGAAUCUGAGCCGCUCUCACCAUUAAGGUGGCAGGACAUUCUAUUCCAUGUUUUUUUUUUUUUUUUUUUUUUUUUUUUUUUUUUUUUUUUUUAAGAAUUUUGAUAUCCAAAAAUUAUUAUCGUAUUCUGUAUUCUUUUCUUUAAGUUAGAAGUAGCUGUCUUGAAAGUAUGACUACGAUGAAAAUUUUUAUUGUUUGGCAGCUAACUUCCUGUAUUUUACUUUAACUAAUAGCUAUGAUUAUUAUGACAGUGAUGUAAUUCAGCACUGAAAUGUUCAAGUUUCUUCCUGUAAAAUAAAAUGUAAUAAUUAUUUGUAUCA